AUGGGUGCAAAGUAUCCCGACACAGCCCCUGUCGAAAAGUACGGUGGUAAUGUAAUUGAAGUCGAUGGGAAAAUUGUUCUUGCUACAGAUGAGGAAAUGACCAAACAGAUUGACAGCUUGAUUAAAGAGUUGGAAAAGAAUGAUACAGGGGUCGAAGCAGAGACAGAGACUUCAAAGAGGCGAGAUGUAGAGAUUUUUGGACCUACUCGCCAAUGCAGUCACCCUCGCUGCUUUUAUGACGUUACUUGUGAUUCUUAUACUUAUUGUCACAUCUGUAGGCGCCCAACUGGCAAAAGGGGGUUCUGUAUUUAA